AGAUAUUUUAACCACAAAUCUCGAUGUCCUUAUCCGAGACCGAAUCAGUCAGCCAAGUCUCUGUGAAAACCAGAAUAUCAGGGAUUGUGUCCUGCACCCAGAUAUGAGGAAGGUCCAACUGAGACACCAACAAAGACACAGGCAGGAGUACACUCAGACUAGCUUGAAACAUAGAGUAGCUUUUUGUACCUCUUAUCAGGGUGUUUGACAGUUUGUUGAUAAUUGUGAAACCUUUGUGAGAGGUUUUUGUGUGAGGUAUUUCCUCCGCACACUGUUUCAGACUAGAAGGACAGACAAAGAGACAUAGACAGAAAGAAAAGAGAGAGACACACAAAGCAAUAAACACACAGACAUUCAGUGUUGGAAGACAGCCAUGGGAGUUGAGGAGCAGAGGGCUGGGGAGUUUUACGUGGAGAGGGAUGUUAUGAAUGAGCUUUGCUUGGACAAGUUGGCCAGAAGACGGACUCACUCCACCAGACCUCUCCUGAAGGAGCGGGUGAAAGAUUCCCUCAGGUGUUCAGUGCCCAAGCUGAAGCGUUCUGUGCUGAGCUUUAUACCUAUCCUGUCAUGGCUGCCUCAUUACUCAGUGAGACAAGACGCACUGGGAGACCUCAUAUCUGGCAUAAGCAUUGGCAUCAUGCACCUGCCUAUGGGUUUGGCCUAUGCUCUGCUGGCCUCUGUGCCCCCAGUGUAUGGCCUCUACACUUCCUUCUACCCUGUACUCAUGUACUGCAUCUUUGGCACCUCCAGACACAUCUCCGUAGGCGCAUUUGCUGUGACCAGCAUCAUGAUAGGCACCACGACAGAGAGGCUGGCCCCAAACAGUAACUUCAUGAUUCUAAAUGGAACCAAUGGGACUGAAGUUAUAGAUGUAUUAGCCCGCGAUGCCGCCAGAGUACAGAUAGCAGCCAGCACCACCUUACUGAGUGGGAUCUUUCUGUUUCUGCUGGGCAUGAUUCGGUUUGGUUUUGCGGUGACGUUCCUGUCGGAUCCCAUGGUACGUGCUUACAUGACAGGAGCAGGUAUACAUGUGGUACUUUCCCAACUCCCAAGCCUCUUUGGGAUCCGCGUUGGACGCUUCUCCGGACCGCUGUCUCAGGUCUAUCUCCUAAUAGAUAUCUGUAGACAUCUGCCAGAGACUAACAUUGCGGCCGUGGUGGUAACUCUAGUGGCCUUGGCGGUCCUCAUAGGGGUCAAAGAACUCAACAUUUACUAUGAGAAGAAAAUGCCUGUGCCCGUUCCAAUAGAGCUCAUAACGAUCAUAGUAGCAACACUUAUCUCUUACUACUGCAAACUGUACAGCCUAUACAAAGUGGCCGUCAUCGGACAGAUCCCCAAAGGACUACAGGCUCCCAGGUCACCUGAUAUUAGUAUGUGGGGUUCGGUAGCUGGUGAUGCAUUCGUAGUAGGCAUAGUGGGAUAUGCCCUUAACAUCUCCUUGGGAAAAAUCUUUGGCCAAAAACACGGCUACAAUGUGGACAGCAACCAGGAGAUGGUUGCUAUUGGUCUCUGUAACAUAGUGGGAGGAUUCUUUCAAUGCCACGCUAUGGCUGCUUCUCCGUCGCGUACCCUCCUCCAGGAUAGCACUGGGGGCAAGACACAGGUUGUGGGGCUGAUUUCUUCAGUACUUGUGCUGAUCUUCAUUCUGCAACUGGGGUCACUAUUUGAGGAGCUACCCAAGGCUGUCCUGGCCUGUAUUGUGCUUGUGAACCUGAAAGGCCUUUUUAUGCAGUUUAAAGACAUUCCUGCACUCUGGAAGAGCAAUAAGGUCGACCUGCUGGUGUGGUUGGUAACUCUGGUGUGUACUAUCUUACUGAACCUGGACAUCGGCCUAGGUGCAUCCAUCGGCUUCUCUAUGCUCACUGUCAUCUUCAGAACACAACUGCCGAGGUACUCUAUCCUGGGGCAUGUUCCUGGGACUGAGCUCUACUUGGAUACAGACACAUAUGAGGAGGCUAAAGAGAUACCAGGUAUUACCAUCUUCCGUUCCUCCACCACAAUGUACUAUACCAACGCUCAGCUAUACCUGGACGCACUGCAGGAGAAGAGUGGAAUUGACAUUGGAAUGCUGCUGAUGAAAAAGAAGAAAAGAGACACUGAAGAAAAGAAGAAAGACAAGAAAGAAAAAAACAAAGCCAAAAAGGAGGCAAAAAAGAAUGGUGUGAAUGGAUGCCUACCCAACAAUACAGUCCAUCCAGAUGACAAGUGGGAUGAAGAGAAAGGUUCCCCAGAGCUGAAAUUGAACCAAACACCCAUUGCCCUAGUUGACCGACCCAUCAACGGACAGGUGAACUGGGCCUUUGAGCAGCAAGGUACUGGGUUUGACCGGGGCCCCGAGACUGGCAUUCAUGGCGAUGAUCACAUAACCCAGAUGUCCGGUACAGGAGGAGUAGGAGAGAUGGGGAGGAGCUCCUUCAACGACACACACACCAUCAUCCUGGACCUAUCCACAACCAACUUUGCUGACACAGCCACUGUGAAGACGCUGAAAAACAUAUUCCGGAACUACAGAGAGAUUGACAUUGACAUUUAUUUAACUGGAUGCCAAGGUGAGUAUGUGUCAGUGGAGGCUCCUCAGAGGAGGAAGGGGAGGACCAUCCUCUUCAGUGAAAUUCUGCUAAAUGAAAAUAGUCAAACAUAAUUUUUAACAAACUAUACUAAAUAUAUCCACGUCACCAAAUAAUGUAUUAAAUCAUACUGUUUUACAAUGGUCUACAGUAUAUUCAACAGCACUCUGUAGCAUUGCACCGUAGUUUCCGUCCUCCUCUGGGUACAUUGACUUCAAUACA